AUUCCUCAGGGAUGUCUGGCGAACGCAGCCUCUCGUCGAGCGCGAAACCUCGAAUGGAUCACGAAAGCGUCGCGGGCGUCGGCGUCGGCGCCGAGGGCGCGCUCGCCGCGAACCUUCGUGCUGGCGCCACCCUGAUGAAAAGCGUCUCUAUCUUCUUGAUGAGUGGCCGCAAAGCCUUCGUGAACCCCAAAAGGCUAACUUCUGCCAGCCCGAAGCACGAGCCCAGAAAAAGGCAUCGCAGAAGAAUGCCAGACGGUGGUGGCGCGAGGAAUUCCACCAACACCAUCAGGCUGAUCGAGUCGCUCAAGAAGAAAACUAGGUUCUCGUGGUUCGAAUUGGACAACCUGUGCAAGCUGUACAAGAAGCUAACCAGUUCUGGCCAGCAACAAGUAGGACAGUCGUUUAUUAUGGGUAGGAGGCAGCAAUCGAAUCAAGCUAUAGAGGGAAUCGACAGAACCAUUUUUCGAGACCUUCUGCACAACACGUUCAAGGUGAUCACGGAGGACGCAUUGGUGGAGAGGAUAUUUUGCUGCUGGGAUCGUGAGAAUGAGGGUAUCAUCAGAAUGGAGCCGUGGAUCAUGGGGCUGGAUCUUUAUCUUCGCGGCAGUCUACGAGAAAGGAUUGAAUUUUGUUUCAAAGUUUACGAUCUCAACAACGAUGGUUUCAUCACAAAGGACGAGAUCUUUCAGUUGUUCAAGAAUUGCUUGAUAAAGCAGCCAGGAGAAGAGGAUCCAGACGAAGCGGUCAGGGAUCUGUCGGAAUUGGCACUGAAGAAGUUAGACGUCGAUCGGGAUGGAAAGAUUUCCUUUCAAGAUUACAAACUGGCUGUUAUGGAGGAACCUUUGCUACUUGAGGCUUUCGGGCAAUGCUUGGCUACGGAAGAGCACUGUGCUUCCAUUAUAGCUACAUUCCAAUAAUAAAAGUUCGACAAGUAAGAAUAGAUCUCUGAAGUGAUGUAGGAUUGAUCCAUCAACCAGAUUGCCUUCUUCAUUGCAAUUAUUUCUAAUCACAUUUAUACUUUCAACCACCCACC